AUGGCCAAACACCUUGUAUUUAAACAGUUCAGGAACGACCGAGUUCUACGGCGCAUCUACAGAAGCCAACCAUGCCUGGAAAAAGUCGAUGGACCCCUAUACGGCCAAAUCACCGGAGAGGAGGCCGAGAGGAUCUCCCGGCCUACCUCCAAGAUCUCAAACGACCCAGACUACUACAUCACCAACCCGGACGUCUACCACCAUCUACACUGCCUCAACGACAUCCGCAAGUUUGUUGCGCAGCACAACUCGAGCGAACAUCAACUGGACAGGCUGCAGACGAUGCACAAGUUCCACUGCAUCGACAGCAUCCGGCAGAGCUUGAUGUGCAGCGCGGACGUCAGCCUAGUGCACUGGUACUGGGCGCCGAGUCCGGGGAAGCAUUUCCAGAACGCCACGACCACACAUAUUUGCAGGAAGUGGUCCAAGAUCAAGAAGUGGGCAGUCAGUCACAGGCUGGACGAGGAGAGGUUUGAUCGGCACAAGUUCGUGGAAUAG